AUGUCGUCGCGAAAGAAGAGGGUUGCAAAGUCUGGGGGAAAAGAGAUUGCACAUCCAACAGAGGUGGUGGGGAAUCAGAGGUUACCAUCUCGUUUAUUUGCGACUGACAGAUAUCCGAGCAAACGCUUCAAUUUGAAUGCUUCACUAGAGUACCUUCUACUGGUUAGAGAUGUGUUGGAAGGGACCGACGAAAUGGAGAGGCUGCUAGGAUCUUGCUUUGGAUCUCUAUUUAGGUUGCCGGUGAGGAGGUGUGCUUUCUCUGCGAAGUUAGUUCACGGUUUGCUAACGAGGCAGCUUGUAACAAAGAAAAGGUUAGAGUUGUGGCAUGUUUUUGGAGGUGACCCUAUGAGAUUUUCACUGGCCAAAUUUGGGCAUGUGACGGGUCUUCCGUGUGGAGAGUUUGAAGAGGGGUACGUGGUUGACGACAAGGCGCGGCCACCCAAAGCAGAUUAUGUUUUCUGGGACAGACUUUUGGGUGCAAGUAGGCGUGACAUAACAAUCGCAGAAGUGGCUACAAUGGUUGCAGGUGAUAAGGAGAUGCCACCGACUCGGAAGCUGAAGUUGUGUUUGAUAAUCAUAGUUGAUGGAGUUUUGCUGGCUACAAAUCAGGAACCGAAGCCGUCUGUGAAGCAUGUUAAGCGUCUAGAGAAGCUCGAUCGAUUCCUUUCAUUUCAGUGGGGCCGGGAGUCUUUUUGGUGGACUAUAAGCAGCAUGAUUCCGCCAGCAAAGGUGAUUGGUAAAUGCGACGAUCCGAAUGGUGUAUUCUGUAGGAAGCUUCGGCAGGAGACCAAAGUCCUGGACGGGUUCCCUUGGGCACUGCAGCUGUGGGCAUUUGAAGCGAUACUAGGCUUAAUUGCUCGCCUUGGGGGGAAUGACGAGCAGACAUUGCUGACUUAUGACGGGAAGAAGCUUCCUCAACAGAUGGGGUUGGGCUUGGUGGAUGUGCUACACUCUGAGCAUGACCCAAAGCUAACGGUGCAGCCGAUGUAUGAACCUGGGGGUGAUAAAGAGGACGGUUGGGGGGAGUUUGACUGUGAGAUAUUGGGCAGGAAAGUGGCGUACAUGGUUGGCUUAGUGAAGGCUGGGCAUAAAUUCCGCAAAGGCGAGUGGGUGGGUGGUGACGCGGAGGAGCCAAUCUACAAUCACGAAGAAGCAACAAAGGACAAGAAGAGGAAGCCAUCUAGGGGUCCAAGCAGAGAACAAGAAGGUCAUGCGCUGAAGCAACGAAGGCUUAGUUGGUUUUUCAGCAGGAAAGUGCCUGGCGGAGGACAUGAUGUUGCAGAAUUGCAGGCUAAAGUUGAAAAAUUAAGCAAAGGGUUUGCGAGUUUGGAGAAGGUAGUUGGGAAGCAGGCUAGGUUGUUGAAGAAACUAGUGGUGAAGAGGAAAUCCAAGUUUUCUACCAGUAAAUUGAGUGGUCUCGGAUUGAAGAGGAGGGAGGGCAGGCGUGGGGGCACGAGGCCAAAAAAGUUGUUUGACGGAAGUCCUCCUGUUGGUUCUGAUUGUAGCAGCGAUGAGGAUGGAGACGACCGUAUGAAGUAG